GUGUGUGCUGUAGGAGGAGAAAAGGUGGAUCUUGUUCUCGUGAAUACGUACAACAGUAGUAUCGUCGCGAGGCGCGCGGCAUCAUCCGUUAUACUCUAUUUAGUAUCUUCGUAUUACUUUUUACUUUUAUCAUUAUUUAUUAUUUAUUUAGUCGCGAUCUCACUGUCGAUUGAAUCGCAUCCGUCCAUUCGCGCGUGUUCUCAUUUUUUAUCAUUUUAUUUUUUUUUAAAUUUCGAUUUAUUGCCGCCGGCGCAAACCGGUAAAAAUAUAAAACUGCAAGAUAAAUUUUUAAGUUUUAUAAUUAGGAUAAGUGGCUUUUAAUUAAACGUCAAAAUUUUCCAUCAGAUUUUGGAGACAUUAAAAUGAUUUUCCAAAGUGUUUUUAUUUUGGCAACGGCAUUGACGUCAAUAAAUUCAGUGUCAGUUGGUCCAGAACAGUCGAGUGAUGGAGAAUUGCCACGACAUUAUGAUUCGCGUUAUUCAAUAUUCGACAAACCAUAUACUGUUGACUUCAAAUAUCACAAUUUUGAUAAAAUGAGCCGUUUUCUACGAGCUACAUCUUUACGCUUUCAAAAUCUCACUGCCCUUUAUUCUAUUGGAAAAUCUGUAAAAGGACGUGAUUUAUGGGUAAUGGUCGUAUCUUCUUCACCGUAUGAACACAUGAUAGGUAAACCUGAUGUCAAGUAUGUCGCUAAUAUUCACGGUAAUGAAGCUGUUGGACGUGAAUUAAUGUUACAUCUUAUUCACUAUUUAGUGACAAAGUAUGGAUCAGAUCCAUACAUAACAUGGCUACUAGACAAUACAAGAAUUCACAUUCUUCCGUCCAUGAAUCCAGAUGGUUUUGAAGUUUCCAAAGAAGGCUUUUGUGAAGGCAGUCAGGGCAGAUAUAACGCACGUGGGUUUGACUUGAAUCGUAAUUUCCCGGACUACUUCAAGCAGAAUAACAAGAAAACCCAACCAGAAACCGAGGCUGUGAGAGAAUGGGUGUCGAAAAUCCAAUUUGUAUUAUCUGGAAGUUUACACGGGGGUGCUCUUGUGGCCAGUUAUCCAUUCGAUAACACCCCGAACGCGCGAUUAUGUCGAUCGGCUCCAUUGUGCGCAAUGUUCCAGAGUUAUUCAUCGACCCCAAGCAUUUCACCUGACGAUGAUGUAUUCCGUCAUUUAUCGUUAACGUACUCACAGAAUCACGGAUCGAUGCACCGGGGUGAGGCAUGUUCGCCAUCUCAACCUGGUUUCAAAAACGGAAUAACAAAUGGCGCUGAAUGGUACCCGCUAACUGGUGGCAUGCAAGAUUUCAAUUACGUUUGGAACGGAUGUAUGGAGAUAACAUUCGAGUUGUCUUGUUGUAAAUAUCCGCCAGCUGAAGACCUUAAACACUAUUGGGAUGAAAAUCGUGUUUCCCUCAUUAAAUUUUUGGCAGAAGCACACCGGGGUGUGCAUGGAUUCGUAGUUGAUGAAAAUGGAAACCCUAUUGAGAGAGCGUCUGUCAAAGUCAAAGGACGAGAUGUCAGUUUCUUGACAACAAAAUACGGAGAAUUUUGGAGAAUUCUCAUGCCUGGAAUUUACAAACUUGAAGUUUACGCUAAUGGUUACGCUCCUCGUGAAAAAGAUUUUGUGGUCAUUGAACAACAUCCUACUCUUCUUAACGUCACAUUACCCAGCACCAAGAGAUGGAAACUUAACAAAGAUGAUGGUGACGGUAAUAAUAAUAAUGACGAUGAUGACGGUAAUGGUGAGGGUAACCGAGAUAUUAAUGAUUGGAAUCAGAGCAAAUUGCGGGCGACAGAUAAAACAAAAACGACUGGCGACCAAUGGCGAAUAUCUAAACCUGCCCGGCCCCUGGAUUACAAGCUCCCGAGACAAGACGACGGCGUUGAUGGACACUUCGGAGGCAACGGAGGCGCAGUACGUCCUUAUCCUCACCGCGACUACACACUUCACAUCCGGCCAAGUGGAUCGACUUAUUCCCCGGUCUCUGAAUCAAACAACGGAAUCUUUUCAUCAAUCAGCAACGGUUUUAAUUCACUCGUGAGUAAUCUGUUUGGCUGAUCGUCUGCCUAUCGACCGGCGACACGAAACGUCGCUCUCCUCAUCAUCCUCCUCUCGCUAUUACGGUAUUUGGGAAACCGCGAGCUUUUAAGACUCAUCGGGAUUAUUCUCGCCACUGGUAACUACAAUACGUGACCUUCUGACAUCGCGAGUGUUAAUUAAUUUUAAAAAUUAUUAUUUAUUUAUUUAUUUAUUAUUAUUAAUCAUCAAACAGUUUAAUAAAAACUGGUGAGGAGUUUUACUGAUUAAAUACAUUUACUAAAAUUAUAAAAGACUUUUUUUUAAAUUUUACUAUUGUGUACAAUUAACUAUUUAUUGAUAUUAAAACAUUUAGCAUUACAAUUACUGAUAUAAUACCUCGUAAAUUAUUUUAAAAUUUUAAAUAGUAAUGGAUUUUUAAAAAAAU